UGGGUCAGUCUUCUCUUUCUAUGAGGCAGUGGAGUACAGAAGAAAGUGUAUGACAGAAGGCACGGCGCUCUGUGUAGACUCGUUGACGUGUGUAUGUGUGUGUGAGGGGACUGCUCUCAUUCUGGAUAUUUAAAUAAGGUGGGCACACAGCAGUAAUGGGAGACUGGAGCUCUCUUGGGAAGCUUUUGGAAAGCGCCCAAGAACACUCCACGGUGGUAGGGAAAGUCUGGCUUACCGUCCUCUUCAUCUUCCGUAUCCUAGUGCUUGGUACUGCUGCAGAGAAUGUUUGGGGUGACGAGCAGUCUGGCUUCACAUGUGAUACCAAGCAGCCUGGUUGUCAGAAUGUUUGUUACGACAAAACUUUCCCAAUCUCUCACAUCCGAUUCUGGGUGAUGCAGAUCAUCUUUGUGUCCACCCCAACGCUGAUCUACCUGGGCCACAUCUUUCACCUGGUGCGUAUGGAGCAGAAGCAUAAAUGCAAUCAGCCAAGCGGGACGGACAAACAGGCCCUGAUCAGUACCAAAGCUGGAAAGAGUCCUGUUCGGGAUGAGCAGGGGAAGAUUCGUCUGCAGGGCGUCUUGCUACGCACAUAUGUCUUCAACAUAAUCUUCAAAACACUGUUUGAAGUGGGCUUUAUUGUGGCACAGUACUUCCUGUAUGGAUUUGAGCUAAAGCCACUGUACACCUGCAAUAGGUGGCCCUGCCCCAACACCGUCAACUGCUACAUCUCACGACCGACAGAGAAAACCAUCUUCAUAAUUUUCAUGCUAGCCGUGGCCUGCUUGUCUCUGCUGCUCAACCUGGUGGAGAUGUAUCACCUGGGCUUCACCAAGUGCCGACAGGGUCUUCGAUACAGACACUCUCAUUCCGUCUGUGACACUGAAUCUAAAACGGCCAGUGAGGAUGCCAUGGUUUCUUUUGUGCCAAACUACCCAUAUUUUCACCCCCACUCACCUCCCUCUGCCCCCUUCCCCACCGAGCCCCACUUCAACCUCUCAGAACCGGAUGGAACCUUCCCGCCCCAUGGCAGCCGCUCCGUCUACAAGCAGAACCGGGAGAACAUGGCUGUAGAGCGCAGUGGCAAGCCUGACACAGAAGUCAAGACCAACAAAAACUCCAACUCCGCACCUGGAUCCCCUGUAAGCCAGCAACGCAGGCCUAGCCAUUCAAAUCGCUAUAGCAGCAAUAAGACUAGGCUGGAUGACCUCAAAAUCUGAUCAGAAGGAAAAGAGACUCCAUUUUCUGAUUCACGGCUUUCCCAUUCUGAAGGCAUGGGAAAUACACUCUCGUGGACACAUGCAUUUUUAGCACCCAAGGUGUGAUGAAAAGUGUUAUUUAGAGUGAAGUGAGAUUCAGAGAAGAAUUGGUGUAUUGCCUUACUUUAAUCAGGACUUUUGUGAAAUGGAAUGUUGCAAUGUGAGAAAUCUAAAUUAGUUAACCUUACUUAGAAAAAAACAUGCAAACCGAUUGCCUUAAAAAAUCUAAGUAAAUGUACUUAUAUGGCUUAAUUAUUUAAGAACAGUUUACUAGUUACAAGUAAAAUGAACUCAUCUAUGACUAAA